AUACGAGAAAAGCAGCUCUUCCCAAAACCCAAGAAGAUGGGGUUUGUGAAGGGAAGUUCGAAAGCAUUUCUCAUCAUUGGAUUCUUGUUCCUUCUAGAUUGCGUAUUUGCUCAAGAAUGCACCACUGAGGAGCCAAAGGUUUAUGUAGUGCAUUUAGGCGCGAAGCAACACGAUGAUCCUGAGUUGAUCUUAGCAUCGCACCACAAGAUGUUGGAAUCAGUUUUUAAUAGCUCGGAAGCUGCUAAAGAGUCCAUCGUCUACAACUAUCGCCAUGGCUUUUCAGGGUUUGCUGCCAGACUUACAUCGUCACAAGCUAAGAAACUUAAAGACCGUCCAGAUGUUUUCAGUGUGGCAUCAAACCGAAAGCUUACGUUGCAGACCACUAGGACUUUCGACUACUUGGGACUUUCGCCGAAUCAGCCCAGUGGAAUUCUCCAUGACAGCAACAUGGGAAGUGAACUUGUCAUUGGCAUUAUCGACUCAGGAAUAUGGCCGGAGUCGGCGGGUUUUAGCGACGAAGGGCUUGGACCGAUACCUAAACAUUGGAAGGGGAAGUGUGUAGCCGGAAGGGAAUUUGACCCAGCAAAGCAUUGCAACAAGAAGAUAGUAGGAGCAAGGUACUACACAAAUCGCUUUACUGAGAAAACUGGGAAAAAUAUCAGCCCUGAUGAGUAUCUGUCCCCUAGAGGUUUGGUAUCACACGGAACAGAAUGCGCUUCAAUUGCAGCCGGCGCAUUCGUUCCUGACGUGUCAUAUAAUGGUCUUGCACCUGGACUCAUGAGAGGCGCUGCUCCAAAGGCACGUAUAGCUGUCUACAAGGUUGUCUUCGAUUCAGAGGAAGUGGGUUCUGGCGUUUCAGAUUGUACCAUGGCAAUCGAUGAUGCCAUCAAUGAUGGCGUUGAUGUAAUAUCGAUUUCACUCGGCCCAAAUGGACCUCCUUACCAUACAUAUACCACAGUUGGGGAAGAUUCUGAGCUUGGUUCCUUCCACGCGGUGAUGAAGGGAAUACCUGUUGUUAUGGCUGGUUCUAAUUCCGGCCCAGGUGCUUACACUGUGAGUAAUGGAGCUCCCUGGAUGUUCACUGUUGGUGCAAGUACCAUUGACCGUAGCUUUUAUGUAGACGUGACUCUUGGCAAUAACCUAACCAUACCUUGUCAAGCUUUGUAUACGGGUGACGAAGUAUCUGCUAAAUUAAUUUACGUAGAAGACUGGCAGACCGACACUUCUGAUCGAAAGGGAAAAAUUUCCCUAACGUUUUUGAAAGACGAUUCGGAUAUUUUGUUUGCUGUGAACACCCUCGGUGGCGCUGGUGCGAUCAUUGCACGAGGUUCGGAUUAUUCCACUGAGAUUUUUUUUGAGAAGCCAGGCAUUGCCACAAACUAUGAAGUCGGAAGUAAGAUUCUACAAUACAUCCGCUCCACAAGUUCGCCAACGGUUAGAAUAAGUAGAGGUAAAACGUUCGUGGGACGUCCAAAACAAACUACAGUAGCAGCAUUCUCUGGUAGAGGGCCUAAUCCAAGCGCUCCAGCUAUUCUCAAGCCUGAUAUCGUAGCCCCCGGUGCGUUGAUUUUAUCAGCUGACAUUACAGACGGUUAUUUCACAGGAUUCGCCAUAAGUCAAGGAACAUCCUUUUCCGCUCCUGCUGUUGCCGGAAUCGUCCUACUACUCAAAUCUCUACACCCUGACUGGUCUCCUGCCGCUUUAAAAUCCGCUAUCAUGACUACAGCGUGGAAGACUGAUCCAUUUGGAGAUCCAAUCUAUUCGGAAUCAAUGCCAAGGAAGCUGGCAGAUCCUUUUGACUACGGUGGUGGACUAGUGAACCCCCAGAGAGCCAGAGAUCCAGGACUAGUUUACGACCUGAACCUCGACGAUUACAUCCACUUUUUCUGCGCCUCUGGCUACAACGACACAUCAAUAGCUUUACUCACCGGGAAAGAUGCUAAAUGCCCGUCUCCCUUACCUUCUAUUCUCGACUUUAACUAUCCAGCCAUCACGAUUCCUGAGCUUAAAGAUGAAGUGACCGUCUCCAGAACGGUGACUAACGUUGGACCUGUUGAUUCGGUUUAUAGAGCCGUGAUCGAGCCUCCGAGAGGUGUCAAGAUUGCUGUUGAACCGGAGACUCUGGUGUUCAACUCGAGCUCGAAGAUACUUGGGUUCAAAGUUAGGGUCACGACGAGUCAUAAGAGUAACAUGCCGGUUUACUUAUUUGGUAGCUUCACGUGGACUGAUGGUACACGAAACGUUACCAUUCCUUUGUCUGUAAGGACUCGGGUUUGAACCUCUGAAAAUGAAGAUCCCUCAUAUUUGUAAUAAAAUGUUGUUUUAUUUUUGUUUGUUUUUUUCCCUUUUAUGUAUGAAAAACAAAAAAAAACAAAUAAUAGAAAAUUGCAAUAUUA